CUCUCUCUCUCUCUCUCUCUCUCUCUCUCUCUCGUAAACAUCUCAACCGUCACAUCUAUUUUCCAUCGUCACCAACACCUCUAUGUCGCCACGUCUCUACGACGACGCUGCUUCUCUACGACGGCGCCUCUUCCACCAUCGCUGUCGAUUUUGAGCCAAUUUCUGGUUUUGCGAUGACAUAUUUGGUACACAUUUGCCAACUUAAUGACAUUGAUGAUGAAGACGUUAAGAUUUGCAGUAGUAGAGAGAUUGGUGAACGGCGGCGGCGGCCGAUGGAGGGCAGCGGAGUCCGGUGGAGGGCGGCGGAGGCUGGUGGAGGGCGGUGGCGGUGGCUGAUUAACAGAGGGUGGCAGCGGGCAACUUUGGUACAUGGCAUCAGCAGCCUAGUAUCGUAGCUAGGUUUUUGAAAUUGUUUUUUAGAUUUUUAAAUUUUAAUUGUAAAUAUAUUUAGAAUUUCAUUAAGGUUAUUUUUGUCAAACCAAUGUAUUUUUAGUCCUAUGAAACAUGUAAGUCCUAUUUGUGCAUUUACUCUUUGUUUUAGUCCUAUAUAGGAAAUUAAUUCUUUACUUUAC